CUUAAAAACAGCAGCCAACAAGUUGGCGCGAUUUACGAACACAAUUUGGCCUACCAGGCCGGGUCACGGUGCUAAGUCUGUUGGCCUCUUUUAACUUUUUAAGCAUAGCUUUUUAAAAUUGAGCCCCCGGAGAAAUGGCAGAUUGGAAGACACAGAUAAACUACAACUAUAACCCGUCUUACCAUGCUUAUGCCUACGGCCUAGUCUACCAGCACGGACAUGAACAGCACCACGCCGGCGCCGCCGACUACAGCAACUACGCCCCCGGAGUGGCACAGGUGUACUACGCCGCCGCCGCCAGGUCCCGCGAAGAGUCCCCGCCUCACAGCCCGGAGCAGCAUGUCGCUAACGGCCAUUGCCACUACCAGAGCUCCGGUGUCGUCUACUUCGGGGAAAGCCAAGCGAGCCGCCUCCUCCUGGCUGGACCCCACCGAGCUGCCUACGAUACACCGGCUGAGGAGAGCAGGAGGGCCGGAAGCGACUCCACCAGCGACUCAGAGGCUUACGCCUCACCAGAUUCAUGGAGUUUUGGCAGCAGCCGAGAAGGAACGCUCCCGCAGACAGUCCCUACCACACAGGCAAAGAAAGACAUCAGCGGGGAGGCAGACAGGAGUCCGGGUGCCACAGAUGUUUCCAGCUCGUUCAUGGGGGAGCCACCUUCUUACACAGAUGUGGGCAACCACAGCAGCAACGUCUUUGCCCUACAAAUGCCCUUGCCCACCCCGAAGAAAGAAAGCACCACCACCACAGAGACCCCUAAAGGCAAGGUGCGCGUGGCCUUCUCGGAAAGCCAGAUGAACGCUCUCGUCAAGCGCUUCAGCGUGCAGAGAUACCUCCCCCCUGCAGAGAUGAAGAACCUGGCUGAGCACACGGGGCUUACAUACAAACAGGUGAAGACGUGGUUCCAAAACAGAAGGAUGAAGCUAAGGAGGCACCAGAAAGACGACAACUGGAGGUUGGAGCGCUACUGCACCGACAAGGACCGCAGCCCAGGACAUGGACCUUUAUUCAGCUAUGUUCCACAGUAUCAAUCAGAAACCCAAAGACCAGCCUUUAAGAAGACUACUCCCCAGAACCUGUCCUUCUAUCUGGCCUCCAUGGGCAGCCCCACCGGGUCUGCUAAUUACCCCUCCGGGACGCCCAGUCAAGCUAUCAUGCCCGCCGCCAGGCCCCAGGCAACCGGGUGGUCCCUGCACCCGGGCGUCAGCCAGUACGAAUACAACCCUGGUGUGUUCCACUUGAGCGGCAACACCGAGCCUGACAGCAACUUUGAGGGCGCAGAUGGAGCGCCUGUCACCAGCUGAAGCGCCUCAAAGUUAUUCUACAUACCGGCCAGUAGGAGGUGCUGUUUAGACUACUGUAUAAAUUCUGAGAUUUUUUUUUUCAGGGUGGGUGUACAUUGUUCAUACAUUUUUUUUUUAGCACCGAGUUUUAUUUUUAUACACAACUAUUUAAUACUUGUUGGUGUGUCCUUUUGUGCUUGGUAAUACAGCAUGUUUAGAGGACAGCUCAAAUCUAUGCACGUUUUUCUAUAAACACAACUUAAAGAAUGUGUCUUGUACAUUCGGUUAGCUCAGUGAAGAGGCCAAAUUGUCACCAAGGCAGGGCUGCACACUGGAAAAUAACUGAUGUGGGCAGAGGGGUGAUUUUGAUUGUUGAUUUUAAUUAAAAAAUGGCUACAACCUUUAACACAAAUUGCAUUUGUUGUUUUUUCCCCCAAUAUGCCUUUUUGCAAAUUUUCUGUUGAGUUUUUUUUUGUUUUGUUCAAUUGUAUUUUUAGAAUGUGCUGUGAGACACCGUAAUGCUGCACA